AUCCAUCAGACGUCAGAUUAAUGUUCCCAACCAAUCAAACAUAACUUCAAAACAUUAGCAACAUUUCAAGUUUAUUUUUAGAACAUCAUAAAUGCCAAUUUGGUAUUGGCCAGUCUCAAAGCUUUGAAACCCUUCUGCGACUUGCUAAAUUUCAUCAAAAAUGUUCGAGGAAGGUUAUUUUAUAUGACGCAUGUUAAUUGAAAAAAAAACAUUCACGAGGCCGCAUUUAGGUGUCUUAAAUCACAGAUUAUCGAUAUUGGCAUUGAAUUUUGCAGAAUAUGGCACUUUUACGACUGAUUUUUAAUGAAGGCUCUUUUGAUGCUAUUGAGGUACUUGCCGUGCCUAUUUUCGUGACUGUUUAUUGCAUAAACGUUGAUAUUUUUUUCAACGAUGAGAUGAAAUAUUGUUUUGAGCAAUUUACAGCAUUAUUUGUUUCCUGAACAAUAUCGCAAUGGUCUGGAAAACAUGAAAGUAAAAAAGGCUAGUAACAUGUUUUGUGGAUUGAAUUCUUGUUGGUCUGAUCAGAUCGAUUUCAAUAUUUGCACUUGCGAAAACGCCACCGUUAAAAUAGAUAAAAAUUACUAAAAAAGAAGAUUUUCCAAGGGUCUGAAGGGCGUAACCGAGAAAAUUUUUUUGUCCACUCCAGUUUUUUUCGAUCUGGCGACGCUGGUCUUUCCUCUUGAUGUGAUGUGACCACACCUGCACUGUGAUUGCUAUGCCUGCAUUGUGUGAAAGUCAGGGGCAUGGACCAGAUAUCCAUGGAUCUGUUGCCCCUUGACCCUGUAGAAGAAAAGAAGACUUACUCCUUUCAGUUUUGUCUAAAGUUUUGUGGCAAAUCAGCAAGAAGGGGUUUGAAUUUUCAUGUCUUUCUUCUAUUCUGUUUCCUGUUUCUUACUUCUUAUUAUUUCUUAUUUCCUGGAAGAGUAUCGCAACAGAUAUAGUUCGGCACUACCAUUUUUGCAGAAAGCCGCAGAGUUUAUUUACGCAUUUAGAUUCUAUCUACAAUAAACCAAAAGGUAAUAACAUUUAUAGCCAGAGUCUUGAAGAUGGCACGAACUGGCGGAAUCAUAGCAUACUGAAGCACUUUUUUCCGACGCACUUCAGAGCAUAAACGUCAGACGGUGGGCGGAAGAAAGCAGCAAAUUCGUGCUCUAUUUGAAUAGACAGAAACAGCCCGUCUUGAACUCUUUCACUGCGUGAAGGGCAGGCGGUCGCUGAUUGGUCAGGAACAAGGAUCUAGCCAAACGUAUCAUCUUGCCUCUCACAUUCUGCAUGUUUAUAUAAUUUUCCGCUUUACCUUUUAGUCAUUGCCAGAUUUUUAUAGUCUCAAGAAUGUCGGACAAAACGUGCUUUAUUGUGCUUUGUUUUUUUUUCUCUGUAUUACUUUGAAUUUUUAAGAAAGACGCCUGUUAUAACCUCAGCUUUGUUUCUUUAACACGUGUCUUUCUGCGCUUUGAUUCAGAGACCCGUUACAAGACAGGUGCAAUAAGACACUCGUAAUUGCUAUUAUCACGGUAAAAGCAUAUUAUAGUGUAUUGAAAUGCUCGAUAAGUACCUGUAGCCAUCCCCUCUGAUUCCAACGAGGCAUUUCUGGUGCUUAAUACUCCAUGUAAUUUAAUCACUAAGCGACCAGCGUUAACCUGCUUAGAUCACGACCGUUGUUUUUGAUUAACCAUAUUACCUCAAAUUUAAUAUUUACGAUUCUCGGCAAUGCUAUUAUUACAUCUAUAGAAACCUGGUUUACCAUCCAGAAAUUAAGUUAAAAUGUUUAAGAAACUGAAACAGCGAAUAGAGGAGGGCGAACCUCCAAACGUGGUGUCGAGCCCGAAAGUUGUGGUACCGAAAAGCUCUGGCUUUGGCCAGCAUCAUGGGAAACUUUAUCGCGAGAAUAAAUGGGAGAAGAGGCGAGUGUCUACAGCCAGUUUGUACAGCUCGAAAGAAUCCAUGGAAUCAGACAUGACAAUAUCGCGCAGUUCUCCUACAAGCGAUUUCUCUUCGCCUGCAAUAACGCCCUGUGAUGUGACAUCGUUACCCAAUAAGAUUUGGUCAAAUACGGGCAAAGAUGCAAGAAACACGACUCUUCAACAUAAUGAUUCUCAGGUUAGAAAGCUGGAGAGCAAGAUAUCAGAAAUGGCAGCCGCGUAUAGGGAACAAGCCAAGCAAAAGGAAAAAUUAGAAGAAGCACUACAAGAUGUUCGAAAGGAAAUAAGUGAGAGAGUCGAGGCUGCCGAGAAAAAAUAUCGAGCAAAGCUUAGUGACGUAGAAAAUGGUUUCAGAGAGAGGUUGAAAGACAAGGAGAAUCAGUUCGAGGGACUUAUUACAAGAAAAGAUGGGGAAAUUGCAAGACAAAGAAGAGAACUGGAUUUAGAAAAUACUCGUCAUACAGAUGUAAAGGAUUUGACAAAAUUACAGCAAGAAGAAAUCGGGAAAAUGAAGGCAAUGCUAAUACAUGCACAAACUGAAAUGUCGAAAAAAGCAUCAGAAUUAAUGGAAAAAUCAAAGCAUUUAGAAAAUCUAGAUAAAGAAUACGUGGAGCAAAAAACCGCCCUUGAGGAGAUGCAGACGCGGCUGGAUGAUCUUGCCAAAGAGAGAACAAAGCAAGAAAAGCGAGAAAGGGAUUUUGAGUUGCAGAUACUCACAUUAAAGAAAGAAAAGUCCGCAUUGAAAAACCAACUUGACGAUACAAUGGAUGAGCUGAGUGAGAAACGCAGCCGACUGUCGUCCGUAGAAUCAUCAGCAAAUCGCGCAAAUGAGGAAUUGUCGUCUCUAAGACAAACUUACAAUCUCUACAAGUCGCGUGCUUCUGAAGAUAUCGAAAAGAAAACCAAUGAAAUAACUAACUUAAAAGACAGAUUACAAGGUUUAGAAAAUAGAAUAGAAGACAGUACUCUUUCAGCAACAGAUCAAGUGAAGUCUUUAGAAAAAGAGAGGAAAUCUUUGGAAAAUCGACUUCAAGAAUCUCGAAAUCAACUUGCCGAGCAAAGGUCUCAAUCUAAUGAAAAGAUCGCUACGCUAGGAUCUUUGAUAAGCACACUUGAUGAGCAGUUAAAGGAAAAAGAAAAGGAAUUACAGGAACAUAAGAACAACACAGAUAAACAAAUAUCAGUCCUUCAAAGCAAGUGUAAAAGUAUGGAAGAAAAAUCGGAGGUGCUUGAAUCAUCCUUAGAGAGAGAACGUUAUGCUGACUCUUCUAAGGUCGAGGGGCUGCAACAAAAGGUAACAGAACUUGAGCGCCAAUUGAAAUCUGUGAAGGAAGAAAAAGCCGAACUUGAGGUUUCAAGUGACAGAGCAGGGUUUCUAGAAGCUCAAAACAAACUGAUAGAAUCUCGGCUUAAAGAAGCUUACAAGCGGUCCGAAGAUGAACGAGCAAAAUCUGAAGAAAAGAUACGAGAUCUUCAAUCAGAGAUAAGGAAGAUUUCAUAUAGAUUCGAACAUUCAAACAGAAUAAACACGGAGACUAUGGAAACACGAGUGGAAGAGCAAGAGAAGAGAAUAGGACAAUAUCAAAAGAAAAUAGAACAUAUUUUGGAAGAGAAAGAUCAGAUACAGGCAGAGCUAUCACUCAAAGAAAGUGAAUGUAAAAAUGCAUCUGUGUAUUUAGAGGAUGCACUGCGAAAAACAACUGAAUUGAAAACACAGAUUUCGACACUUGAAGAAGCACUUAAACAAAAAGAUACAUUGUUAUCAAAUAUAAAAGAGGGUGAUUAUAAGAUCGAAGAUAGAGACGAGCUUUUUCGCAGCUCCAGUAUGGACAGUUUAUACCAGCACGAACUUAAGGAAACGAGGGCGAAUCUAGAAGACAGCGAACGUGCAUUGAUGGAUAGAGAAAGUGAAAUAUCAGAGCUGCGAAAUUUGUUAAAAGAACGAGAAAAAUCUCUAGCAUCUUGCCAAGAAAGGAUAAAAGAUUUCGAAGAAAACAACAAAUUAGCAAGUCCCCAUAGAAGAAAAGGACAUCAUGAUUCCCAUGAUAUGAAGAAGACUGUAGCAAGACUAACUGCCCGCAACCGAGAACUGGAACUAGAACUAGCGGAGAGACAGGCCCAUAAUGAGAUACAAGGAAAUGGACAUGUCGAGAGUGAGCUGUCGAGUGAGAUUGAAGAACUUCGAAUUGCAAAUAAAUCGUUAGAAGCUGAGCUAGAUGAAUCGAAAAAAAAAUUAACAACCCAACAACAAAAGUUCCUGGACCUCAAAAAGACAUUCCAGAAAGAACUGAAAUUUAAAACAGAAGAAGCCAAUUUAAACAUUGCAAAUGGAUCACAUGUUAUUAAAGACAAGAGUGAAAAUGGAGAAUCCCUGGAAGUCAACUUCAAAUAUCUCAAACACGUCGUUUUAAAAUACAUGUGCAGUACCAAUGACCAGUCUCGACAGCUGAUUGGUGUCAUAGCUCAUCUUUUACAAUUUUCUUCCCGUGAAGAGCAUAUAGUGCGAGAAUGCUCCGAAUGGAAGUUGCCACUUCCGAAGAAAUAAGGCAUUGUGGGAUAAAGGAAUCGGAUUGCUGCUGUUGUUGUUGUUCAACUGACAUCAGAAAACCAAAUAAUCAUCAAACCAGCAAUUCAUGGCUGAUACUCGCAUGGUGAACUUUAUUGCAAUUUUUGGUCAAUUGCUAUUGUAAAUGUUUUUGCUACUAAAUUUAUAAAUACACAUGCUUAUUCAAGUCA